AGUUUUCCGCCGACAUCACCACCUUCUUUCUUUCUUCUUCCUCUCCUCUGUUCAUUAAUACGUUACGCCUCUGUUGUUUUUUCUAUAAAGCCAACACGAGACGCAAGAGAUAUAAACUGGUUUUCUUGAUCAGAUUUGUUGAUGGUCAUCUAAACUUUUUAACCUCUCCUUUUUUUUGUGUGUGUUUAUUAAUUUGAUUUUCUUACGUUUUCGAGAAAAUAUGAAGUUCUGUAAAAAGUAUGAGGAGUACAUGCAAGGACAAAAGGAGAAGAAGAAUCUACCUGGUGUUGGCUUCAAGAAGCUCAAAAAAAUUCUCAAGGGAUGCAGAAGAAGAGAUCAUCAGAUUGCUUCAAUCAAUCACUGUCCUCGUGAAUGCACAGUUUGUGAUGGAACCUUCUUCCCGGAGCUUCAGAAGGAGAUGGAAGAUGUAGUAGGAUGGUUUAACGAGAAUGCUCAGAAGCUUCUUGAGUUACAUUUAGCUUCUCGUUUCAAAAAGUGUCUUGAUUGGUUCAAAGGCAACAACAAUCGCAAAAGGAGUCAUCUCGGUUUGAUCCAACAAGGCAAAGACUUGGUUAGCUACGCUCUCAUCAACUCGGUCGCCAUCAGAAAAAUCCUCAAAAAAUACGACAAGAUUCAUGAGUCUAGCCAAGGACAAGCGUUUAAGACACAGGUCCAGAAAAUGCAUAUCGAAAUCCUUCAGUCCCCAUGGCUCUGCGAGCUUACGGCGUUUCACAUCAACCUGAAAGAGUCUCAGAAGGACUACUCUGGAGCUGUUUUGGCUUCUCCUCCUGCACUGUUUGAUGGUUGCUCUUUAGUGUUUGACGAUGGAAAGCCUUUGCUUUCCUGUGAGCUUUCUGAUUCUGUCAAAGUUGACAUCGACUUGACUUGUUCAAUAUGCUUGGACACGGUGUUUGAUCCGAUAUCUCUGACAUGCGGUCACAUAUAUUGCUACAUGUGUGCUUGUUCUGCUGCAUCAGUAAACGUAGUCGAUGGCUUGAAAACUGCAGACCCGUCCGAAAAAUGCCCGCUUUGCCGUGAGAUAUGUGUUUAUAAAGGUGCUGUUCGCUUGGAUGAGCUAAGUAUCUUGCUUAAGCGAAGCUGCCGAGAGCAUUGGGAAGAAAGGCGUAAAACAGAGAGAGCAGAGAGGUUAAAGCAAGCCAAGGAGUAUUGGGACCAUCAAUGCAGAAGCUUCACUGGAAUAUAACAACUUGGUUUGGGAGAGACAUUCGUACUUGAAGAUUUCUUGGUUUUGAUUCAUUAUAUAAGCUAAUGAAAAAAAACUCAAUAUUGAUUGUGAUCUGCUUUCAUCCGUGUGUGAGAGUGUUUGUUUACAAAGUGAUUUGUUUGUGGAGACUAUAUGGUUUCUUUUAUUAUAAGUUGGCAUAGGUUAA